AUGUGCCAGCGGUCAUGUUUCUGGUGCUCUCCUGUUCUAACAACAAAGCCUGCCAUUCACAGGUAUAGAGAUUUACAUUCAGUGUAUUAUUUAGUAUGUAGAUGAUUAUCCACUGCAUUACCAAGGGGUUUAGGUAGGAAUAUCCACUGCAUUCCCAUGGGUUUAGAUAGAAAUAUCCACUACAUCCCAAUAGGUUUUGAUACAAAUAUGCUCUGCAUUCCCAUGGGUUUAGAUACAAAUAAGCUCUGCAUUCCCAUGGGUUUAGAGGAAUAUCCACUGCAUUCCCGUAGGUUUAGAUAGGAAUAUCCACUGCAUUACCAUGGAUUUAGAUAGGAAUAUCCACUGCAUCCCAAUAGGUUUAGAUAGGAAUAUCCAAUACAUUCCCAAUGGUUCAGAUAGGAAUAUCCACUGCAUCCCAAUAGGUUUAGAUAGGAAUAUCCACUACAUUCCCAAUGGUUCAGAUAGGAAUAUCCACUGCAUCCCAAUAGGUUUAGAUAGUAUUAACCACUGCAUUCACAUGGGUUUAGAGGAAUGUCCACUGCAUUCCCAUGGAUUUAGAUAGGAGAUCCACUGCAUUACCAUGGGUUUAGAUAGGAAUAUCCAAUAUAUUACAAUGGGUUUAGAUGGGAAUAUCCACUACAUUGCCAAGGGUUUAGAUACAAAUAUCCACUGCAUUACCAUGGAUUUUGAUUUGACUAUCCACUGCAUUACCAUGAGUUUAGAUGGAAAUAUCCACUGCAUUACCAUGGAUUUAGAUAAGAAUAUCCACUACAUUGCCAAGGAUUUAGAUACCAAUAUCCACUACAUUGCCAAGGGUUUAGAUACCAAUAUCCACUGCAUUACAAUAGAUUUAGAUUUGACCAUCCACUGCAUUGCCAUGGGUUUAGAUGAAUUUCAGCUUCAAAAGAGGAAGAUGCUUGAACAUAACAGUCUCACUUAACAUCCAAGGCCUAUCAUAACAUCCAAGGCCUAUCAUAGCAUCCAAGGCCUAUCAUAGCAUCCAAGGCCUAUCAUAGCAUCCAAGGCCUAUCAUAGCAUCCAAGGCCUAUCAUAGCAUCCAAGGCCUAUCAUAGCAUCCAAGGCCUAUCAUAGCAUCCAAGGCCUAUCAUAGCAUCCAAGGCCUAUCAUAGCAUUGAUUAUUUUUAAUGUGCAACAAAACAAGUGCCCUUUAUUUUCUAUAUUUUCAAAGCAAAUUUUAUACUGAACCAAUCAAAGAUAGCCCACACAAAGGAUCUCUUACCAUACAUGGAGUUUUGUUUAUAAAUCAAUUGUGAAAUGAGAUUACAUAAAGAUUAAAAACCUUGCGGUCUUAUUGACUCAUUUGGGAAAGGUAGCUUUAAAAUUUGACCCUGUGCCCUAUUUGUAAAAAUUCUCUUUUGUUUUGUUAAAAUUAAAUUUUUCAUUAAUAACUUUGCAGUGGUUAAGUGCGGUAGCCUAGAUGCUUUUAUUUUGCUUGCAAAAUUUCUGGACAGCAUGAUCCCUUAUAUGCUUGUAUAAGUGUUUUUCGGUUUGUAUGUAUGUAUUUCUAAAAAUAUAUUUCUUUUAAAAAAACGUCUAAGCUUGUGAUUGCUUUGCACUUUGAGAAGAAUAAUUAUCUUUUUUUGUUUUCUCUCAGGGAUAAGAGAGACAGAUCGAAGGCUAGUGACUUCAUCAUAGAUGGAAAGAAAGGCGAAGUUUUUGUCAAGCAUGCUGGUUCGGUUAAUGGAGAACAGAUAGUCAUACAGAAUUGUCAGGUAAGAGAAAUAACUGGUUUGUGUUAAAGGGAGACUGGUAUGUGGUGCAGGGAGACUGGUAUGUGGUGCAGGGAGAUGACAGGAAUAUGGUACAGGGAGACUAGUAUGUGGUGCACGGAGAUGACAGGUAUGUUGUACAGGAGACUGGUAUGUUGCACAGGGAGAAGCUGGUAUGUGGUGCAGGGAGGCUGUUAUGUGGUACAGGGAGACUGUUAUGUGGUACAGGGAGACUGUUAUGUGGUACAGGGAGGCUGUGUUUGGUACAGGGAGACUGUUAUGUGGUACAGGGAGGCUGUUAUGUGGUACAGGGAGACUGGUAUGUGGUGCAGGGAGGCUGUUAUGUGGUACAGGGAGGCUGUUAUGUGGUACAGGGAGACUGGUAUGUGGUGCAGGGAGACUAGUAUGUGGUGCAAGGAGCCUGGUAUUUGGUUCAGUGAGAUGACAGGUAUGUUGUACAGGGAGACUGGUAUGUGGUGCAGGGAGUAGCAGGUCAGUUCAUAGACAGCUAUUUCAUCCACAAACAUUUUAUUCACGCCAGUUCAUGGACGAAAAAUUUCAUUAGCAAGAAACGUAAAAGGUUGUACAAAAAAAAAUAAGUAAAUAAAUGAUCUUAUUCAAGCUAAAAGGAAAUAAUAAAUAAUAAUGAAAUAUACUUAUUUUAAAAUUAUAUUCAUUGAACAUUGGAGUUCUCAGGCAAUGCAUGUUUCUUUCAUUAAGUACUAUUGUGUGUAUAAACUGAUUCAUUGACUGAAAUGAAAUUCUCAUUUUGAUCGCUAAAUGGUUUUUUUUUGGUGUUUUUUUUUGUUGUUGUUUUGUUAUUUAAAUAUAUUUUUUUAGAUUUUAUAAUUUUGAAAUAUCCCUGAUGCUUCUUGUAUCAUAGAAACAUGCCUUUAGUUUUCAAAAGAAUUCAGUGAAGUGCCCUCACAGUGGCAUGAAAAGUUGAAAUAUCAUAAUACAUGUUAGUGUGCGUGUGUGUGUGUGUGGGGGGGGGGUGGGGACACACCUGGCACAAACUGCACUAAAACCUAUUUUCUCAUAAACCUGAAUGCCAAAGGAAGGAUUGUUUAUGUUGUCUGGUUGUUUGCUGGGCUCAUUAAAUCAAUAUGGAAAUGUCAGGGUGCUGAAGAAACAAACACUGUCUGUGUGUUUAUAAAUCAUAAGAUUCUCUGUCUUCUAUUUCAAAUGAUGUCAGUCUUCUUAUAUAAAUGAUGUCAGUUUUCUUAUAUAAACGCUUGUCUAUCUUCUAUUUCAAAUGAUGUCAGUCUUCUUUUAUAAAUGAUGUUAGUCUUCUUAUAUAAAAGCUUGUCAGUCUUCCUAUAUAAACGCUUGUCUGUCUUCAAUUAUUAUUGUUGCCUUUCAUCCAUCCCAUCUUUUAAUAAAUUUUUGUUCUUCCUCUCUGAUGACUCAAGGUGUGCAAUGCUAAUUAUUAACACAUAUUCCAUAUGGCAUUGUGUAUCUGUGCACAGCAGAAUAUAUUAACAAUAAUCGUUUUUCACUCUCAGGAUUCCACUAUAUAUAUAUUUGACCACAUAGCCACUGUCAGUGUUGAUGACUGUGUCAACUGUAACAUCUUUCUGGGUCCCAUCAAAUCUAGGUGAGUCCAGGCCUCUCUUUCACCGGCGUGUACUAAUCAAAAUAAUCGGGAGCUUUUACAGAAUGAUUAUAUAAAAAAAAACCCCACCUCAUUUAGUCUUUUUUUCCAAACCUUGCUAUUUGGAAGGGGAGACACUCAAGGAACUAUAGCUUUGCAGGAAAUAAAUUGUCCUUUAAUCGGUUGGAACACUUUUAGAGUAUCAGAAAGUGUCUUGAUGCACUUGAUUUGAUAAGCUUCUAACCUGACGGUAAUAACAAUUAAACAGGAAAACUCUGUUUUUGACUAUUGUUUUGACCUGUAUAUGACCAUCAGUGAAACUCGUGCAACCGUCAGUGAGUAAAACAAAGGGAUUGUAAAGAGCUCUAACAACACUUUGACUUCUUAAUGUUACACCUUAUAUUUAAGAGUAGAACAUUGGCAUAAGUAUAAGGCAUGAAAUUAUUAUUCCUUGGAAACAAAUAUCUUUUAUCCAGAAGAUGUGGACCAAUUUUUCUUAAGUGAGUCAUUGAUUGUCAAUGAGUGCAGACCAUAGAUAAAAUAUUGUGUUAUGAGUGCAGACCAUACAUGUGAAUGUUGUGCUAUGAGUGCAGAACCUGUUAUUCGUAAGCAUGAGAAAAAUUCAGUGAAAAAAAAUUGGAUUUUUUAGGGUUCAUAAUGGCACGUAAAUGCUCAUACAUGCUAGCUGUUCAAGUCACAUAUUUUAUCUUUUUUGACUGAGCUGACCCAUAUUUUACAUCAGUGCCAGAAAUAAAUUUAAAAAAUUUUUUAUUCUCUUUAGUUAAAUGCCUAAAAAAAACAAAAUAUCGAUGCGUUAAACUGAGACAGUGGUGGGUUCUAAUUAAACAUGAAUGUCAGUGUGUUGUUCACAAGAAAGAAACAUACCCAGGAACUAGUUUGUGGCCCUGCCCUGUAUGCGAGUAACUCAAUUUAGAUCCGACUAUAUCUUCAGUUUGUUCAUUCGAGACUAUAAGCAGUGCUCUGUAUUUAGAUCCGACAUAUCUUCACAGUGUGUUUAUCCGAGACUGCAAGCAGUGCCGUGUUGCCGUUGCCUGCCAGCAGUACAGGACAAGAGAUUGUUUCCAGAUCGACACGUUUCUUCUGUGCUGCACCCAGCCCAUCAUAGAGUCUUCAAGCCGCAUGAAGUUUACCUGCUUCCGAUAUUACUACAGUCAGCUGGAAUGUAAGUACAGGCCUGUCCCUAUUUACAUUAUGUGAGUCUGUCCCUAUUUACAUUAUGUGAGUCUGUCCCUAUUUACAUUAUGUGUAUUCUGUCCCUAUUUACAUUAUGUGUAUUCUGUCCCUAUUUACAUUAUGUGUGUCUGUCCCUAUUUACAUUAUGUGUAUUCUGUCCCUAUUUACAUUAUGUGUAUUCUGUCCCUAUUUACAUUAUGUGUAUUCUGUCCCUAUUUACAUUAUGUAUAGUCUGUCCCUAUUUACAUUAUGUGUAGUCUGUCCCUAUUUACAUUAUGUGUAUUCUGUCCCUAUUUACAUUAUGUAUAGUCUGUCCCUAUUUACAUUUUGUGUACUCUGUCCCUAUUUACACAAUGUGAGUCUGUCCCUAUUAACAAUAUGUGAGUCUGUCCCUAUUUACAUUAUGUUAGUCUAUUUUUAUUUACAUUAUGUGUAGUCCGUCCCUAUUUAAAUUAUGUGUACUCUGUCCCUAUUUACAUUAUGUGUAGUCUGUCCCAAUGGACACUAUGAAAUGGUAGAGAUAGGAUUGAUAUUUUCCGAUUUUGAAAUACAGCGUUUUGGCAAAACCUGGAUGCAGCAAGGCUCCCUGUGACUUAAAAAGGUUUGGGAACCUCUGAUCUAAGCUGAACGUUCCUUUAUCUCAAUCACAUACCUGACACUUUCUGUACAGAGUCAUGUGAUUUCUCUCCCGACAGCUCAUUUCAAGUCUGCCGGUCUGAGCGUGUACAACAACAACUGGUCCAACAUCCAUGACUUCACACCUGUGCCUGAGGAAGAUCUCAACUUCUCCUACCUGCCCACCGUAAGUCAACGUUCUAGCCAUCUGCAGCCUGUCGUGUGAGCCAACACUCUGUUCUUCUGCAGCCUGUCGUGUGAGCCAACAUUCUGUUCUUCUGCAGCCUGUCUUUGAAAACAGUUGUAAGAUAAAGUUACCCAAGAUGUGUACGGUGGACUACAAAUAACUAUGCAAAAGAACACACACAAAACUACACAGUUCCUCAUUUUACAUACGGGAUCAGUUUUAAAAAUAAAAUGUUAAAAAAGUUUAAUACACAUCAUAUUCUGCAAAUAAACAAAUGGAGGACUUUAUUGUUGUGCGAGUUGAAAACGAUGAAGUCCUUAAGCACUGCACAGUUCAAUCUGGGCGAAAUGUUAGCACCCCUUGUUAUAUUGUUUACCAGUUUUGGGUUUUAGCAAAACUUUCCACAAUUAUUUAAAUGUAUCUGUGUAAAACAUCAGCAAUUUUUUUUUAUUGGUCAAUUUUUUUUAGGAUGCAAAAUUAGAAGACUUUGUCCCGGUGCCAGCUGGUCCAGAAUUUGAUUCUAUGCAAAUCACAACAGAUGAAGACAGAAGCGUGGUACCUGUCACAUGGGGAAAGAGAAGGAAAAUGAGCAGUGAGGUGAGAAACUUGGAAGGGGUGUGGAGGGGGGAGAUGAGGAGGUGUGGGGGGGGGGGGAAGGCGGCGGUCAAAGAAGCUUAGCAAUGGAAUAGUUUUUUUUAUAUAGAAAAAUAGCUUGUAUACCUAUCUUAAUCAACUUUUUAAUCUUUUCAACAUACAUCUCUGCUUUCAAAUAAGAUUUUUUCAUUUCCAAAGAAUAGCUAUAUUAAAAAAUUGUUUAUUUUGUUUAGUCACAAUUAUAAGUUUCAUCACUCGAAAAAAUAAAUAUGUGUGGAGAGACAUAUUUCUACAAACAUCAGUACUACUACUACUACUACCUGAUAAGAUUUAUAACAUAAAAUGCCAUUUUCACAAAUUAAUGACAGCUCAGGGGAAUUUCAGUAGAGAAGAACAUGUCAUCACAUUUUAAUUAACAUCCAUGUUUUUUUUUAAUUGCAUAGUCUUGUCUGGUUGUUUUCUUCUAUGAUGGUGGAUCUUGUCAGCGGGCGAGGAGGUUGAUGCACACUGUCAAAUCGCGAAAUGUAAGUUUGUAUUACCACUCCUUUUACCAUGUUCACAAACCGUCAAAUUACUUAGUGUAAUUUUAUGAUUCUUUCGACAUGUUUUUAAACCGUCAAAUAAAUUAGUGUGAGAUAAUGUUAAGAUUCCUUUGACAUGUUUUUAAACCAACUGUCAAAUAAAUUAGUGUAAGAUAAUAUUAAGAUUCCUCCUACGUGUUUUUAAACCCACUGUCAUUUCACUAAACAAAUUCUAUAUUACUAACCCUUCUAUCAUGUUUACAGUAAGGUGACAAUUUUUUUUUCUUUAAAAUUACAACCAAGACAAUUUAAAUUUUUCAAAUUUAAAAUCUUUAGCCCCAUGUUUGUUAAAAAGUAAGCAAAAUUAUUUGUGGUUACAACAGAGAAAUCUUCUGUCUGACGCGUUCUUUUGAAAAUUAAUUUUACCAUGACGUUAAUUCUGAUGAAUUAUAAUAAUAACCUUUUUAGCUGUUUUAUUUUUGUGUGCCUGGGUAUCAGAUGUACGCGAUCUUUUAUUGAAUUAAUUAUUUUAGAUACCGGGUAUUGCAGUCUUAAUCUUUACCAGUCACAACUCACUACUAACCAGGACAUAGGUAAAAUAAAACAACAAUACUGUAGUGAUAAAACCCACAGGAAUGAUCACCUUACUUUAAAUUGUUUGGCAAUGAAAACCCUUAUAUGUUCAGGGCAACUCAUGAGUGCAAAGAAAUCUGGAUCAUUUCAUAGUUUCUGGACUGAAGUGUUUGAAUUGCGCCAUGCUUUUAAUUUAUGUGGCUAAGUGGGAUACUUGUUUUUUUUUAUAUACAUAUAUACCGGUAACCAGAGUGAAAAUGAAAUAGUAAAGUUACAGAUAUUUUAAUAACCAUGUUAAUGAAUUCCAAUGAGAAAUACUGAUAUGUCCUUAUUUCCUUAAUCUAAUGAAAUUUAAAGAUUUAUGUGCAUGGUUUCUUUAAAACAAACAAAAAACAGUGAUUGCUUUCCAGACUUGGCACUGCUCCUAAUUUUAGUACGUAACAAGAUUAUACUCCAAAUCAGACAAAAGGUUCCAUCCUGCAUGUGGUGUUUACUGUUCACUUGUGGUCACUGUACUGUCUGAAAAUACUGAAAUUUGAAGGGGAAAAAAUUUAACCUUUUAAACCAAUAAAACCAUUUAAGGUAAUAAACUGUUCCAAAAACUAUUAUAAAAUUUUAAGUUUUAUUCUUAAACAAUCAAUUUUUAAUGAUUUUUAAAAAAAAAAAACAUUUCCAAGUUUAAAACAAGUGCUUUAUAUGUUUCCAGCCAAACUGUAUUUUGGUGCAAACAAAGGAGGUCUCUAUGGGACCAGAUGAUUCCCAGAGGGUUUUUGGCUCCGAUUCAUAU